GUUUGUCUUGCUGAAUAUUUUAAUUGGACGUAGGCCCCGCCGCGCGUUAUUUAUCGUCUAACAAUGGCUGCAAGACUGGUAAUUAAUUACGUUGUUUUGUGUUACUUUAUAUAAAGAUAGCAGGUCGAUAGGAGUUAACCGGCAGAGAGCAACAAUGGUAUACAAUGCGCAAUUAGCGGGAGCGCCUCCCCGGAGAACAAUGCGCAGUCGUCGGACGGUGUCCGUGUGCUGGUUGCGUGCCGCGCAGGUAUUAUCGGCCCUGCUGCGCAUGCUCGUGUGCGAUCCUUCGUAUGCGUGUACCGCAGCCGCGAGUGUGAGGCGCACGGUCACGCAGCACGGCUCUCGACCCACUCGAUAUAACACACUCGAGGAACACAAAGAUCCAUGGGGCCCCGGCUACCCGGAACACGAUCAGGGAUCGCGAAGGUGUAAGCCGAGCCUCGAACGAAGAAACGGCGCAAAUCUCUUUGGAUGGACAGUUCGAAGACAGUUUAAAGGAAUUCUCUUCGCGAAUAUUCACGAGCAUCCUGGUGACGAAAGACAAAGAGAUUUAAGGGUUAACGUCAAAAUUGAUCAUCGACACGAAGAAUCGGACAAGGAAGGAAAGAAGGAAUAAAGAAACCGGAAACGCGCGAAAAACGGUUGCCGAGUCGAUCAAUCUCUCUUCCUAAGACGUCUAGCCGAGUUUCAUCCGGCAGCGUCCAAGUGGAAGAAAGAAGGGCACAAGGUGGCUCGUCGAUAUCCGCGAAAAUAGUGGAGGGAGGGUGGGCGAAGAACGAGAGGGAGAAGGAGAAAAGGAGGGACGAGGGGUUGGAAGAGGAAGAAGGCAAAGAGGACUGGCAAGGGGGCACGAUCGAAGUACGUCGGACAGCAAGGAGGCGCCGGUACUGCGCGCCACACCCCAAUGCAGCAACUCCAUUGAUUAUUGUUGCCGGUGCACUUCCUACCCCGCCUUUGGCGAACGACAAGUAUGCCCUGAUUCCAGGUCCCAGGCAAGCGAGCGUCGGCGGCGGCGGUUGCAAGGUGUUUCGUGCCGGCAACAUUCCAUGUUAGGAAAUUUGUAAGAGGCCGUCGCCGCUACAAAACAAUGCUAAUGCGCCUCCAGUCUGUCUCCUCGAUCUCCUCCUGCCUUUUCUUCGAUCCUGAUGCCGCCUGUAUCCUUGCAUCUAAUUUUGCUUAAAAAGGAUUACGGAUUAAGGAUAUUGCAUUUGCUUGCGAAAAUUUGUCCGUUUCGGAUUCUUCUUAUUUUUC